AUCCAUGAAUUUGCUUGCAACAUGCACUUGUAUGGAUGAUGACAUAUACAAGAUGCUUGAGGAAGGAAUGCAAACAUUGAAGAUUUGUGCUGAAUCCAUGAUGCCUGCCAUGAAGUUUGGCCAGCCUAGCACAAGCAUGGAAGCAUAAUUGAAUCCAACAAGUUCAGAGAGUGAACCACAUUGGGCGAAAGCAUUAAAAGUCAGGACCGAUCCAUUUAAAUCAAGGAUAAGGAGG